AUGAUCGGACGCGCUCUAAGGAGCAAACAGAGGGGACGUCCUGCCUCGGGCACGAAGGGGAAGAAGACUGGCGAGAGCUCUGAGCGCGCACGCACAGAGGGGCAAGAGGCCGACGACGACAGCGACAACGACGCGACCUUCAAUGCCGACGACGAAGCCGGCGCUUCCACGUCUGAGCACGCAACCGGAGAAGAUUCAAACGACAAAGGGGAUGCUGGCAAGCAACGUAGGCGCUCGUCGCAUCAGAAGAGCAAGGGGGGGCAGGCGGCCAGGGGUUCUGCCAAGCGAGGGCGCGGCGCGCGUAACACAGAGCAGGACGACGACGAAAGCGAGUCGAGCGGCUCGGGAUCGGGGGGUAAUCUCAAGGUGGAGAGACACGCCAAGGUCGUCAGACGGGCGAAGCGGAAGCUCAGGGACGAGAAGAAGCAGCUCAGGGCCAAGGGUGCGAAGGUGGUCCCGACCCUGGGUGUGAGCGAGAGCUCCACGGAGGGUGGUAGCGGCCCGGGACAGGUCUACCUGCCCGAAAAGAAGGGCCAGUCGUUCGAGGAGGGUAGAGAUAGGGCAGGGCGGCGCGUGGCGAGGGCCAUGAAUAAGUCGGUGCUGGACAGGGAGGCUUCCUACCCGCCUCGGACGGCGCAGGAGUUCAAGAACCGGAUCCCGACGCCCCAGUAUGACGAGUACUGGUCGAGGGCGGACCAGGCCGAGCUGGUCGCCCGGCUCUCAGACGACAGCGACUUCAAGAAGCGACAGGAGGUCCCCUCGUUUGUCAUCACCGUGUGGAAGACGGCGUUCCGCUUCACCGGGAGGUUGGCCACGGACAUCAUCGGACCCGGCACCGGCCUGGAGUUCAGGUCCGACUCGCACAAAGGGUGGAGCCCCGUCUGGACGCAGAGGUUCUGCGAGGCCCUGAUACCCAUUAUCCUCCACCCCCUCCUCGGGCUCAACACCCAGAAGAUGGCCCUGGCGCUCCAGUGGGCCGUCGUCUGCCGCACGGGAUACCAGAGCAGGUACAGGCUCAGCGGCUGCGGGGACGACCUGUCUCUCCGGGCGCUGGCCUCGACGGUCGAGGCACACCAGGACGGCAGUAUGGCACCCGCCGAGCUCCUGGAGGCGGCAAAGGCCCUGUACGAGAGACCCUACGGCGAGAAUGCGUAUCCGUCGAUCUGGCUGCAGUUCCUGAGCCGCAUAGAGAACAAGGUCGUCCGCGGCAGUGCUGAUGCUACCCGCGCGGACGACGCUGACGGGGGGCCCUUCUUUGUCAACACGACAGACCUGUAUGCCGUCCGGAGCGCGCUCGAUAGGGUCAAGCACCUCGACCUUCGCAUGUUUGCCGACACCCGGCAGGUCGUGGACGCGGUCAUGCCGACCAGGAACAAGGUGGACGUCCCGUCGGUCGCCCACGCCAAGCAGGCAAUAAAGGCCGUGCUGCUCCAGAAAGAGCGCAACAAGGAGCGUGUGAGACGAGGUGGUCGCCCCGAGCCCUCUGCUGCCCCCGGCUGGGUCCCCGAUUGCCCGUCGGAGGACCAGCCUGUCCAAGAGGAUACACCGGGUGGCGAGGAGGCCGCCGGUGACUCUGAUCCGCUCGACGUCGAAGAUAGCCCCGUCGCUCCGAAGACGAGAAGGGGCAAGCAGGGCGCUAUCCGCAGAGGCAAGGCAGCCCGGAAGCCUGAUCCCAAGGGAGAGGACGCGCGGGUCGUCGAGGACACUGAAAGCUCUCAGACACUGGGCGACGACUCUUAUUAG